AUGGCAGACCCGACUCCCUCCAUCCGCAUGGCGCCGCCCGAUGCGCGCAGACUCUCCACCGCCGCGCUCGAUCGCUAUCGCGCGUCCGCCUUCCACCGCGUCAACCUCUCCCUGCCCGGUCUCGAACUGGUCCACUCAGAGCCGUACAUCUUCGUCCACCGGCAGUUUCUGUCCAAGGCCGAGUGUGCGGCUCUCCGGGAGAAGGCUGCAGCCACGUUGGCGCCGCAGACAUUCGACAACGACGCCACCGCGGGUGUGCGCACGUCUCGCGGCUGCGUCGCCCGCAGCGAGGAGGUUGCAUCGCUGCGGCAGCGGCUAGCGGGCCUCGCGAGCGUCGAGCUGGGCCAGCUGCAGCCGCUAAAGAUCUCGCGGUACGAGGAGGGCGCGCGCUUCGACAUUCACACCGAUGCCUGGCGGGGUGACCUGCAGGGUGCGCCGCCCGACCCCGAUGACUGGUGGGCGGACCGAGCGCGGCUCGAGUACGGUGUGCGUGGAGCGCCGAUCAGCGGCGUGAACCGGAUCGUCACAAUCUUUGUCUACUUGACGACGUGCGUGCGCGGCGGACGGACGCGGUGGCGGUGGACCGACUACGACGCGGCUCUCGGCGGCAACCACGGGCGCGCGUUUUACGAGCAGCCGGGGCCGGGCACGGGCGCGACGGACGUUGCCGGCGGCUCGGGCGCCGGCUUCUCAAUCUCCCCGGAGGAGGGCAUGGCGGUGGUACACUUCCCGGCGACGAGCGCCCGAUCAGGUGGCUACACCGACUACAACGCCUACCACGAGUCCGAGGCCGCCGUGGACGACAAGUGGGUUCUGCAGCAGUUCGUGUGGAGCCAUUCCAAGCUCGCGUGGCCACGCGUGCUCGACGCGGAGAACCUGGAGCCGGAGCGCUGCCUCUCGCCCAGCCAGCUUUGA